AUGUUUCUGAAAAAGCUUCUUUGGAUGGCUACGAAAAACGAGGCACUGGUCCACACCACAAAGUCAUAUACGAUGUACAACACCACAUUCGAAAGCAAAAAUGCCACGAAGCUCGUAUUCACGCAGACCAUCGAGGCAUACUCGUUUUUGAAGAAGAUAAAGCAUGAUACAAUAAUUAGCCUUUACAGACUCAAUGUAGAAAAAGGAUACCUGAUAACAAGAAGACUACUUCCUUUCUGCUCUGUAUUCAAAAGAGAAACCAAGGAGUUCAACAAGUACAUAGCCUUCAAGAUAGCUCAGGCGCUGGUGUUCCUCCACGACAAGUGCGGCGUGGUGCAUGGAAACAUUGUGAAGGACUCUCUGUUCUUCAACGAGGAAGGCAGGGUAGUUCUUGGUGGAUUUGAGAAAAGCAGGAAGAGCAGCGCAUUCGACGAAGACAACAUAAUGUUCAGCAAUCUCGUGGAGGAGUUGGUGGGGAUUGAUGCAUCGUUGGCCGAUUUCGUCAAGAACAGAGGGCUUUGCUCAGACAUUUUCUUCGACCUGGAUAUUGCAUUUUUUGGAUACAGAUCCUUUACAGUCGAUCAGAAGCUAGACUUUAUUUCUGGAAUGAAAAAGAACAAGAACGAGCUCAUAGACAUUCACAAAAGAAGGGUAUCGUGGAUGGUUCUUGCCGAUAUUAGCUCCAGUACUUCGAAGGACUUCAAAACACUAGCCGUCGACUUUGUCCUGAGUUUCGAUGUCCCGGACAUGGAGGAGUUCCUACCUCCGUUGUUUUCCAUAUUGGAUACAGGCAUAAGACUUUAUCUUCUCAGAAACCCGGAAAAAUACAUUGACAGAAUCACCACCCUAGAUCCUGUAGUAAAAAGCCUGUCGCUUGGCAUCAAAUGUAAGGACAAGCUGCUGAGGGAAGAGACUGUUGUGUUUAUCAAGGAGAACAUAGGCAUGGUGUCCAAAAGACAGCAGUCUGAGAUACUGGAAACCAUGUAUAGCUAUGUAUCCGACGACCAGGGAAUGGCGCUGGUCCUCAGGUUCUUACGAGAUGUAAGACCGGCCUUCAAGAAAACCGAUGUUGUUUACAGGAUUCUUUGCAAGUACUUGAUACAAUCCAAGGCAAAGGCGCAAGUUCUUGAUACAAUGGAGAUCUUCUAUAAAAGCUUCGACAAUUUUAAGAUGACUACGGAGCUUUUGCCCUUGCUCUGCGGGUAUCUGUCAAACAGAAGCGUUCAGCCUGCAGUGUUUUCGCUCAUAGAGAAAAUCCUCAGCCACCUUAAGGAGCAUAAGGGAGAGAUAGUGGACAAAGAAUGGGGAAUCGGAAGUAUCAAGAACAUCUUCAAGCCGAAGUCCUCUACACACCAAGGGAUAGUAUGUGUCGAAGAAGUAGAGACCCAGUCGGUUAAGACGCCAAGCAAGCCAGCCCAAGACUAUGGGGAAUCCAAGGACCUGGUGGACGGGUGGGACGAGCCGUGGUGA